AUGCCCAGCCCCUGCCCCAGCCCCAGCCCAGCCCCACCCCAGCCCACCCCAGCCCCAGGCCAGGCCAACCCAACCCCAGCCCAACCCCAGCCCCAGGCUAGCCCAGCCCUGCCCACCCCAACCCCAGCCCCAGGCCAGGCCAGCCCAGCCCAGCCCAACCCCAGGCCAGCCCAGCCCAACCACAGCCCCAGGCCAGCCCCACCCCAGGCCAGCCCAGCCCAACCACAGCCCCAAGCCAAGCCAGCCCAGCCCAGCCCAACCACAGCCCCAAGCCAAGCCACCCCAGCCCAGCCCAACCACAGCCCCAGCCCAGCCCAACCCCAGGCCAGCCCAGCCCAACCACGGCCAGGCCAACCUCAGUCCAGUCUAGCCCAACCCCAGCCCAACCACAGGUCAGCCCAAUCUCAGCCCCGGCCUAAUCCCAGCCCAGCCCAACCACAGGCCAGCCAAACCCCAGGCCACCCCAAUCCCAGGCCAGCCAAACCCCAGGCCACCCCAAUCCCAGGCCAGCCAAACCCCAGGCCACCCCAAUCCCAGGCCAGCCAAACCCCAGGCCACCCCAAUCCCAGGCCAGCCAAACCCCAGGCCACCCCAAUCCCAGGCCAGCUAAACCCCAGGCCACCCCAACCACAGGCCAGCCAAACCCCAGGCCACCCCAAUCCAAGGCCACCCAAACCCCAGGCCACCCCAACCACAGGCCAGCCAAAAACCCCAGGCCACCCCAAAUCCCAGGCCAGCCAAACCCCAGGCCAGCCAAACCCCAGGCCACCCCAAUCCCAGGCCAGCCAAACCCCAGGCCACCCCAAUCCCAGCCCAGCCCAACCCCAGGCCACCCCAAUCCCAGGCCACCCCAAUCCCAGGCCACCCAAACCCCAGGCCACCCCAAUCCCAGGCCACCCAAACCCCAGGCCAGCCAAACCCCAGGCCACCCCAAUCCCAGGCCAGCCAAACCCCAGGCCAGCCCAAUCCUAG